CAUAUGCUGUAGAGUGGUCCCAAAAGUCCCUCUCAUGGCGACCCCCGACUAAGUUGGCUCACUUUGCGUCAGUAUGUGACGCAGAGUUCGUUGCUGUUGUUCGGAGCUAUCUAGAGGCUGCGGCUUGGUCCAUGGACGCAGUUCAACUCGGGAUUUUCGCCAAAUACGUUACUAGAGUGAUUGAAGAAGCGAAGACAAAGGCGCUAUCAUAUUCAUAUCACACCACUAGUUCUAGUACUUCCUCAACGUCAACCUCAAUGUCAAGGACUAAUGGUAAAAAUGUGGAAGUGAAUGAAGACGAUAAACAUCAUGGAGCACGAGGUAGCGGACGAGGUAGACAACGUAUAGCUGUGUUGGAGCCUGUUGAUAUCGGAGAAAAAGUUGUAGAGGUACAGUCAGG